CAGCUGCUAUUAAUUGUGUUUAUCAUGAAUUAUUGUAUUUUUUCUCUGUAAUCAUGUCAAUCAAAAGGUCCAAAAGCAUGACAAGUAAAAUGGGACAGAGAGUACAUUCCAGUAGCCCUAUUAUCAGUGAUUUAAUGUGUUAAAUCUAAUUUAAUCUAAACUGUCUGACCUCAUUCAAAGUCACAUCAAGGUAGUGGCCACUUUUUGACCUUCUUAGGUGUUUUUACAUCAAAACAGUAGCUAUUUUGUGGCUCCUCUUUAUGUUACUAUUUUGGAAGCUUCUGUCAAUGCAGGCAGUUCAUUUCCCACAUCAUUUCCACAUCUAUUCUCUGGAAAGAAUAAUCUACGUUGCUUAAUUCCUUGUGCAAUUGACCAGGAUCCAUAUUUCAAAAUGACAUGAGAUGUUGCUCCCUGGAUAGGGUAUUACAAGCCUGCCUUGAUCGAGUCAUCUUUCUUUCCUGCUCUGCAGAGCCACCGUCGAGCUUUGGGCAGGACUACUUAGAAGCAUAGCUCACAGUUUGCAUAGGACAUCCACCAAGAAGAUUUUAGGAUCAGCACUAACUUCACUGGUAUUAUCUGAAACGGUGGAAGAAACACCAUGACCUUAAGCCUAGUAAGUAUAAUUCCUAAUUUUAAGUUAAACUGAUUUCCCUUUAUUUAGUUUAUUAUGCAGGGUUCCAACCACCAACUUCUAAAUUAUUCUGGUCUUAGGUUAGUAGACACCUGGACUCCACUAAUCUGAUACCUAAAAAUGAAAUGCAACCCAAAACUAACAAUUCUUACAAACUAGUUCCUAAUUCUUCAAACAGUUAAGGACCCCAACUUUUUAUGUAAGGCAAAUGACAAUAGAGAUAUUACUGUAUGCAAACAAGUGUGCAAACAGUUCCAAUGGGCCUAGCGCGCCAUCCUUGAAGGUGGAGCUUUGCCUGGUGCUUGUGGAUGGAUGGUUUGCAAGUAACUGUGGAAUUAAUAGGGCCAAAGGCCAGGUUAUCCAUGUUAUAUAACUAAUAAAGAGUAUGCAAACAGAAAAUACUUUAGUAUCAUUUCCUUGGUUUGCCUAUGUAUUUUAAUCUUACUAAUAGAUCAUCAAUUUCAUUUCUUCUUUUAUCAUGUGAAUUCGUCCUGCUAAACAUAUAAUUUUGUCCUUUAUGAAAUUUGAGCAGAAAAGACUUUAGUAUCUUGUGAUGCAUUACUACCCAAAAUAUUUUGUUAGAAGGGGUGCCUUUUGCUAGGCUAAUCAUGUAAUACACCAAAAGCUAUCAUUAUUUAUAUAGUUUUAUUUAUGAUCUUAUUGACUUUAACUGAUAUUAUUUUAUUGGUAUGAGAUACAUGAGGGGAAGAUACCAUCAAUUUAAGAGUACGUUUCCGAAUACAGUCAAGUUCUAUCCAAAAUAUGCCAUUUAGAUUUUAUUUUGAAAAGUGCUUUGCCUUUUUAAAAGAAUUCAAAUGAAUAUAGUUGAUCUUGUUUGGAGAUUUAAGUGGAAAUAUCCCUCUGAUAUUUGCAGGGAGAAUCAGGAAAAAUGUCAUCUAGUGAUCCAAAUUCUGUCAUUUGCGUUACUGAUUCUGCAAAGGACAUUAAAAAUAAGAUAAACAAGCAUGCAUUCUCUGGUGGACAAGAAUCUAUAGAGAAACAUAGAAAGUAUGGAGCUAAUCUGGAGGUACUUGGUUUUUCCUUUGCUUUGCUUGUAUGAUGGAUUUACUAGCCAGAUCAUCUAGCUUUUACAAAUCACACUUUAUUGCAAAAAUGUAUUCAAUUUAUAAGGAUUUUGGAAAUAUGUUACUCUUAUUGUAGCUGAAUCCCAAGAUUUGAUGAACCGAUCUGCAAUGUGACUUCCUUUUAAUGUGUUUGUUUAGCUUUCCAUAAGUUACUGCCAUUUACAUGUAGUGAAAAGGGUAUAUUUAUGCCUAUAAUUAAAUGUCAAAUUUUAUA